ACAAAACCCUGAACCUUUAUCUUUUUCCACAGAGCACUUGCUAUAGAAAGACAGUGUAGAAAAAACAACAUGUUUUAUUACCUAAAUGUCCUUAAGCGCAACACUGGAUGUUUUUCCACAGUUUGGUUAGCUGCUACAAGAGGUAUCAGGGUGAGUCGGAGAGAGCUGCUCAGAGUCAAUGUCAGGAGAACAUGUGGGGACAUUUUGGACUAUGUGACAGCCCAGGUGCCCGCACCUCAACCCAACCUGCCGAGGCCUCGGUUCUCUCUCUACCUGUCGUCUCAGCUGCAGUAUGGAGUGGUUGUUGUGUACCACAGGCAGUGUGGCUUCCUGCUCGAGGAGGCUCAGCAGACCAUGGACCGCCUGCUGCGCUCUAAAAGAUGCAUACCUAUUGACCUGGCUGAGUCUGACAGGCUGGCCUUGGAUGUACCUGACAACCUGUACAUGUUGGUGGAGGCAGAGGGGGCUCAGGACCCUUUCUUUGGACUCAUGAAAUUGAAACAGCUGCCCAGCCCGUACAACAUACACCUGCCAUUGUUGGUGAAUGAAGAGGCAGGGUCACAGCACUCCCUGGUGCCCAGUCCCCACAGCACAGCUGACAAAGACGGUUUCAGGUCACCUCCAGCUGCCAUCACACUGAAGGAGAAGGAGCAGUUGCAUAUCCCCACUGCUGAGUAUUUUAUGGGUGAUGACCUUCCAGAAGCAACAGCUAGAGAGAUCGACUUAUUAUUGGAUCAACCGGACCAGUUCCGGGGAGAAGUGGAUGGGCAGUAUACAGAGGAGAGGGUCAGGGAUCUUGAAGGAGCCAUGACAUCUAUCGAUCAACUGAAGGAGACCAUGUUGGGAGCAAAGCGGGACAGUAUGUGGCUGCGAGACGAAGAGACAGGUCAGCCUGUGAAGGUUCCUCUGGCAGGUGUUGCCCUAGAGAUGACCCCACCACAUGUUGCUAUGCCUACCCCACCAUCUAGGGCGUCUGGGUUUAAAGGUGACGGAGCAACAGAUAGUCCCAAUGGAGAGGUUGUUCCUCCUCUGAGGAAGCGAGGGGGAGGUCGCAGGCGCCAGCUGGUCUUCGCUGACUCUGAGGUCCAGAUAUCUGACCACGCUAUAAAGGAACAGAUUGAAAAUCCACAAGCUGAAACUCUGGACCUGUCCGAGGUUUUGCUAAACCUCCCCACCUUGACCAAGCGUGCUGCUCCUGCUCAGCUCUUCACCGCCCCCUGUGGAUCCCUCCUCCACAGUGACCUCCAGUCUCUAUGGAAACAGUGUGCCUCGCUCACCAGCCUGCCUGCAUAUGGGGGAAACGAGAGAGGGGGAAAUGAAGGAGAAGAGGAGGGGAGAGAGGAGUCAGAGCAGGACAGAGAAAUACUGAGGACAGAGAGGAAGAGGAGGCACUCAAGCAUGAGAGAGAUAUCGAGUGAGUCAGGACUGCAACCCGCUGACGGCUCAUCUGUAUUAGAUGCGAUCCUGGACAUGUCAAAAGAGGACAAAUCUGUGUGCGAUGUGAUCACUCCUGUCAGCAGAUUGUCCCCGCAAGAGGAGGCCCGCCUUCAAAUGGAGCCAAUAGUGGAGGAGAACAUCGAGAUGCCUGAGGCUCAGAAUGAUGCAGAGAGCAGGGACAUGCUGAGCUGGAUCUCCAGCAGUCUGCAGAGGUUUGGAGAAGUCACCUUUGAUUCUCUGGUGCCCCCGGAGGUGGAUCGCACCACUGCAGCUCACUCACUCUACAAACUGCUGGAGCUUCUCUCAGCUCGACAUGUGACUGUACGACAGAAUGAACCCUACAGUGUCAUCACCAUCAACUCUGCAGCGUUCAGGAUGACCGCCUGAACACACACACACACACACACACAC